AGUUCCGCCCUAUAUUUUCCAGAGCCUGAUUUCAUUUGGUUGUCCGAUCUCCAUGCAGCCAUCAGCCAUGGCCAACUCCAUAGACCAACUCAGAGUAGCUUUCAUUCCGGUCUUAGCUCCAGGCCACAUGAUCCCUCUUAUGGACAUAGCCAGAAUAUUCGCCAGACACGGAGCUGAUGUCACCUUCAUUACCACCACCGGCAAUGCAGCCCGCUUCCGCCGAGACGUCGAUGGCGAUUCUAGCUCCGGCUAUAAAAUCAAGCUCCACGCUCUCCAGCUGCCGUCUGAUGAAGUCGGCCUCCCUCUCGGCCUCGAGAGCUUCAGCGAGACCACAUCGAGGGAGAUGACUGCUAAGCUCUAUAGAGCUCUGGGUUUGCUCGAGAACCAGAUCGAAAACUUCCUUCUUGAAUCCGGCGUAGAUUGCAUCGUUAGCGACACCAUUCUCGGCUGGACCGUCGAUGUUGCAACCCGUCUCGAGAUCCCGAGAUUAGUCUUCCAAUGCGCAGGAUAUAUAGCGCUAUCGAUCGCUCACUGCAUCAGCUCCCACGCUCCCGAGGACAAGGUCGAAUCCGACACCGAGCCAUUUGAGCUCCCGGGAUUGCCAAAUAAGAUAGAGCUCACAAAAUUGCAGAUACCAAAUUGGGUUAAAACGACGAACAAAAUGGUGGCGGAGAUCAUGGAGAGGAUUCUGGUGGCGCAGCGCCGCAGCUUCGGGAUCUUGAUGAACAGCUUCCUUGAGCUUGAAGCUGAUUACAAAGAUUAUUUUGAAACGAACUGUGGCAUGAGAACAUGGCCGAUAGGGCCAGUUUCUUCGUGGGUUAAAGAGGAUAAUGUUGAUGAAGAUGAUGGAGGGUUGUUCUCUGAGGUGAUGGAUUGGCUGGAUUUGCAACAGCCCAACUCAGUUUUGUAUGUUGGAUUUGGGAGCAUGACAGUGUUCCCUGAUGAACAGUUGCUGGAAAUUGCUCAUGCUCUUCAAGAUUCCGACUGCCGAUUUAUCUGGGUCGUUCGCAAGAGAGGCGAAGAAGGUGGGGAAGAAGACAAUGGCAAGAGGUAUUUGCCGGAGGGUUUUGAGGAGAGAAUGAAGAAAGAGAAGAAAGGUUUGAUCAUGAGGAAAUGGGCACCGCAAAUUAAGAUUCUGAAUCAUCCUGCAGUCGGAGGUUUCAUGACUCAAUGCGGUUGGAACUCAACUCUCGAAAGUAUCUGUGCCGGCCAGCCGGUGAUCUCGUGGCCGUUGACAGCAGAGCAGUUUUACAUCGAGAAGCUAAUGACUCAGGUUAUGAGGACCGCCGUGCCGGUGGGCUCGAGAAGGUGGUGGGACAUGAACAAUCCGGCAGCACUGGAGAUUGUGAAGAGAGAACAGAUAACGAAGGCCAUAACUUUGGUGCUUGGCGGCGGCGAUGAAGUGGAGGGAAUGAGAGAACGAGCUAGGGAACUCGGUCGGGCGGCGAAGACGGCGGUGAGCCCCAACGGGUCAUCUUACAAUAGCUUGGUGGCGUUGAUGGAUGAGCUCAAAUCUGUAAAGCUGAAGAAAGAAUCCUCACAGCGAUAAGAUUAUUAAAUUGAGUCAAUUAGAGUCUUGGUGAUUUUCAAUUUGGUCUUUAUGAUUUCAAAUGUUUUAAUUUGAUGUCAAAACUAUACUCAGCGGUAAUUGACAUAUAUCUCCGAUCAAGAGGUUGUGAGUUCGAUUAGAAAUCAUCCAUAUUUUUAUGGAUUUGUUUCUUAA